CACAUAAAUGAUUUAACCAAAUUUGUUCCUAUCUGUGUUUUGUUUUCUCCACACAAUCUCUCUCUCUCUCUCUCUCUACAAACCCUUCUUUCUUCUCUUGGCUGCUCACUGUAACUUGGCGAAGCCAUGGCUUUCAGAGUCGGAGAGGGAAGGGGAAACGCCUCCUCUGGCAUGGGUGUUGCUGAGCAUAGCGUAAACACAUUCCUGGAGUUACAGAGGAAGAAAGUUCAUCGCUAUGUGAUUUUUAAAAUCGAUGAGAAAAAGAAAGAGGUUGUGGUUGAAAAAACUGGAGGUCCUGCUGAGAGCUAUGAUGAUUUCACUGCAUCCUUGCCUGAAAAUGAUUGCCGAUAUGCUGUCUUUGACUUUGAUUUUGUGACAUCUGAGAACUGCCAAAAGAGCAAGAUCUUUUUUAUAGCAUGGUCUCCUUCAGUAGCCCGCAUUCGCCCUAAGAUGCUUUAUGCAACAUCCAAGGACAGGUUCAGAAGGGAGCUGCAGGGCAUCCAUUAUGAGAUUCAGGCAACAGACCCAACAGAGAUGGAUCUUGAAGUCCUCAGAGACCGUGCCAACUGAGCACCGUUGUGUCUAGGUGAUGUAGUUAGGAUAUCUGAGUCCUAAGGGAAUGAUGUUGACUGAUACCCUUUAGUUCUACUAUGGUCUUUGUUUCAACAUAAAUAGCUGACUUGUCAUUUAUCAAGUAAAUAACCUACACCUGUGAAGGCUGAUUAGGGGUUCCUGCCUAAGAAACCCCACUGCGGGGGAAUUUGAGCUCUUCCUUAUUGCCAUGAUGCUUCUCAGGUGCAGAUUAAUAUAUCAAUUACUAUUGAAAAUUCGACUUAUCUUCUAUGACUUUCAAAUGGAAGCAUUUGGUGAAUCUACUUUGUGACAUGUCAAUU